UACGGCCAGCAACCCUAACCGGAACUGUCGGGUCUUAUGUCAACUUGAUAUUUGUUUGACACUUACAGAUUGUGCGCGAACAGCCUCAACUGGAAAUUCACAUCUAAUUAUAAAUUUUAUAUAUAAAAAAAUUUAUUGCAGGUAAAAUACCGCAGUGCGAUGCACACGGACACGUGGCCACUAUAGUUUUAGGGCUACAAACCGGCCCGCUUAAUUUAAUUAGUCUAUUUGCUUACUCGGUACUCUUGUGUAUAAAACUGUGCCCGUUUCUAAGCUAAUUUUAGGAUUUAGAUCGAGCUGAAGGUAUUAAAUUAAGUAUAAAUAUUAGUGUUUUGAGAUUAGGCACUUUAUAGAUAAGUUAUGGCAGUGCAAAAUAAAGUUUUAUACGCGUUUCGCGGAUGGAUAGCAUUCGUUGCGUUUAUGGACUUGGGGACCGCCGGCCGGUCGUACAUCGAACGGCGGUCGUUCCUCAGUCACCACGGGGAAGCUGAGCACUUAGAUGGAGAUUUCACAAUCUCCCGGAUGCUGGGCAUGUAUUCGGUGCUGAAGGCCCUGGCACUCAUCCACUGUACGCUUUACAUACAUUACAGGCCCGUGGUAUCCAUGGGCUACUGGUCCCUCAUGCUAACCAUCGUGCUGUACUUCACUGAAGCCUUCUGCUACCACUCGACCAACCUCAAUUUCUACGUCGUGUUCCCGUGCAUACUCAACAUAAUAACCCUGCUGGGCCUCAUAUAUCUGCCCACGAAGCUGAAGCUUUGGGGCCAGAUACCAGGCACCUCCGGUAUGGAGAGGGAGGUGGAAGAUGAAAACACUCAGAUCCUCCGGCAGAUGGGCAACUUCAAACGGCGGAGGCCGCAGGCCAAAAACAAGUAUGUCUGAUCGCGGGGACUGUCAUAAGUUGCAUUAAC